AUGUUGGUAGAAAACUCCAACCGGAGAACCUUCCCAGUGGACCGCCACGCCGGGGUGGCGGUGGCAGGCCUGGCGGCGGACGGGCGCGCGGUGGUGGACCGCGCCCAGAGCGAGGCACAGCAGUACAAGGGCUUCUACGGGCACCGCAUCCCGGGGCACGUGCUGGCGGAGCGCCUAGCCUCCUACGUCCACGUCUUCAACCUGUACUGGUACGUGCGGCCCAUGGGCGUGACCUCGUUGCUGGGCGUGUACGACGAGGAGGGCCCCGCGCUGUACGCCGUGGACCCCGCCGGCACGGUGCACCGCUACUACGGCACGGCGGUGGGCAAGGGGCGCCAGGCCGCGCGCAACGAGAUCGAGAAGCUGCGCCCGGGGGAGCUGACGGUGCGAGAGGGUGUGAGGGCUGUGGCCCAGAUCCUGCACCGCGUGCACGACGAGGAGAAGCCCUUCGAGGCCGAGCUGGCCUGGGUUUGCGAGGAGUCGGGGCGGACGUUCCAGAGGGUCCCGCAGGCGAGUGGAGGGGGGGGUGGGGACUGGGUAGGGCGCUGGGCGUCUCGGGAGAGGGGGUUGGGGAGCGGGGCGACGAGUGCUCUCACCCAUGCAAUCCCAGACGGCUCCGAUGGCCCCCGAUCUGCACAGGAGUUGGUGGAUGAGGCGGAGCGCCUGGCCAAGGAGGCGCUGGAGGCGGAGGACAUGUGA